AUGGCCUCAUCACGAGGAGAUCACUUCUCACAACAGUCACUUUAUUACUGGGACUCGACUUUUGAUUCAGGACAGAAGUUAAGCGAUAAAUAUGAUGAACCUUUCGCCAAGGCGUUUAGCGAACACGACUCCGCCUCGGACUUUAUCAGUUUUUUCAUGCGAGAAUGCGAUGAAAAUGAGGCCUGUAACUAUGCGACAAGAGUGGUGAGGGGAUUCUGUCAAGAUGCAGACCUCGCGGGACUGCAACAAAAUAUACGUGCGACGACUGAGCCCGUUGCGUUGCUUGACGACGGCGUCGGCGCCACAGCAUUGGAUCUUUACGAGGCUUUAUUAAAACCAAAGAAAAAAAAUAGGAAGGGGAAGGGGGCCGAAACAACCGCACGCCAACAAAUGAUACGAACUACGGACCAGGAUGGGGGGAUAAAAAGAGUAUACAUUCCAAAUCUGACCUCCUGGGCGGUUAUUGCUCUUGCAGCAAGCGCACCAAAUUACCAAGCGGGUAUUCUAGGCGAAUUCAUAUUCAACCACCUUCGCUUCGACCAUUUGAUCCACGCAAAUAUCCAACGUGAACAUAUCCCAUCUUUCGCACUCGAGUUUCAACUACCUUACUUCGUCCUGAGAGAACACAGGUUGCCACAGGAGGAUGCUCGAAGAUUAAGAGGAUAUCAAGACAUUACAUUCCUACGUAAUAUGGGCGACAAGCUUGAUAAUAGUCCGACUAGAUACAUCUACGAUACUAAGUUAUCUCUCUUAAUUUCCGGUACAGGUAGCCACUCAUGGACCGGAUUCCUUCUUGACGAUCGAUACUUCGGAACGGAUGAUGAACCCGAGAGUAUUGCAGAGUACCUUGACCAGGGAAGCGCAGGUCUUAUGCCGGAUCCCUUUGCUGCUGGUAAGAAGCCCAUGGGAGACCUACCAUGCGAUCCUCGGGAGCACUUCCUCAUAGCUUUUGAGACCUACUUAAGUCGAGUAAACAAGGAAAUGUGGCAUGUGUUUAUGGCUCUAGAUGAAGAUAUCCGGUCUUAUGAGAAGAACUAUUGGGACCAAAAGAUUUGCAGAGUAUCAUAUAAUGCGAAUGACCACCAGAGAAAUCGUCUAGGUACGGAUAAAAGUAGGUCACAACUACGGAAGGAUCACCAGGAAUGGAUGAGGCGCGUUGUUGGAAUUUUACGAAAGCACAUCGGCAUUUUGAACCAAUACAGCGAUGAAAGGAAGAUGUUCAGCGAUCAUGGGCAAAAUUACUUUAUGCCAACUGAUAAUGUUGGUCGCUUGAAUAGACUACGGAAAUCGCUUGCGGCUGUGGACCAGCAGUUUACUCGCUUGGAGCGUCUUCUGAACAAGUAUAAGCACACAUUGGACUGCUGCGAAGACAUAUCCCGUGUCUUUAAUCAUCGAAUUGCUCUAGAAGAUAACGAAUCAGCGCUUUUCCAGCAAAAGACGGCGAGGGACGUGAAGGUGCUGACCUGGAUCACAUUUCUUUCCCUGCCAAUUACAUUAGCCGCGAGCCUCCUUAGUACACAGGCGGGCUAUAUUCCGAUCAACCCGAGCCCCGGGGCACUUCUAGCAUCAAUUGCCGUCUUGGAGGUAGUAGUAUGGCUUGUUCUUGGCUCGUUACUCGGCUGGGACUGGUUUAGAAAGAAAAUGAAAAUUUGGUUACCGUAUCAAUUCAGGUCCAGGAAAACGGGAAUACAAGAAGCCGAGCUUCAGCAAGCGGAGGGGUUGACCUAAUACUCGAUUGGGGUUAGGAGACGUCAAGGGUUGUUCUGGGACUAUGGACGGGACUUCUUGAUGCCAUAUUUCGACGUAUCGUGUUCGACGCGACGACCUAGUCUUGGAAUGUCAAAGCUGUCAAUUUAAACACCACAAAUCGGUUCCAAUGAAUUUCCAAUGCGCGCUGAAAACCCUCUAACAUUGAUCGGUGGCAUCUCUCUGGCUGACCACCGAAGGAUGCAUUCCCUUUCCCCACAUUAUUAUUUCCACGCCCACGCCGACGCUCUAAUUCCGUACUUGUAUCUUGUCGACCCUGCAAUAGGCACAUCUCGGUUCCCCACAACUCUCGCAAUAUUCAGUAUGAAUAUUCAUUCUCGGAUGACCGCAAGAGCACUACCAGUGAUUAGGAAACGCGAAGCAUCUGCGAGAAAAGGAUGUCGAUGACUUACGCAGCUCCAUAUCCAGACCCAUCGUUUUCUCGGCUUAUAUUAUUAUCUGGUUUAGUACGCUUAUCUUCGCAUCCCGAGUUCACCGAGCGUUUAGCGACUGACCAUGGACGAUUAUGCUGGCUGGACA